AUGAAUUUCAUCGGUGAAGUGAUUGUGGUGGUGGUGGGUGGGUGGGUGGAAGGAGUGUUGAAGGGGGUUCAGGGGUCUUGGCACUCUGCAACUGUGAUUGCCUGCCAAGGUCAGGCACUUCAAAUCCAAUACGACCAUAUUUUAUGCAAUGAUGGUUCAGAAAAUCUCAUUGAAACAGUUCCUUCUAUAGUUGAUGGGGUAGUCCCUGCCAACAGGAUAUCCUCUAACCAUCGUGCCUUGAUAAGGCCAUUGCCACCUCCGCUUCGUUUUGAGAAAUGGUGUCUUCAUUAUGGACAGUGUGUUGAUGUGUAUUACGAGGCGGCUUGGUGGGAAGGUGUGAUUUUAGACCACGAAGAUGGAUGUGAGAACCGGCAGAUUUUCUUUCCAGAUAUUGGUGAUGCAAUGACAUUUAAAAUUGAGAUGUUACGGAUUACUCAGGAAUGGGAUGAGUAUACCGGAGAUUGGAAGCCUCGUGGGAAUUGGUUAUUACUUGAGGUGCUUGAAGAUAUCCAAAAAGAGUGGCCCCUUCAAGUUUCUGCAAGGCAAAUUUGGUAUGAUAUGCGGGGAAAUAAAGGUUUUAUUAAGCUUAAGGAAUGGACUUCUUUCGCGAGAAAUAUCUGGAAAGAUUUGGUGACUGAAGUUAUUAUUGAUAAUUUAAAUCUAACUCACCAAUUUUUACUUAAAUUGGACUCUUCAGAAGACCUGGUAGAGGAAUCCCAGCAGGCAUUGGAAUUAUCUGAACCUGCUUGUGAUGUUAUACUGAAUCCUCAAGCAGAUUUGGGCAACUCUCUUGCUGUUGUACCACUUGAAAAUGAUGGCUCAGUGACCAAAAUGCGGCCUAGUGAUCUACAUAAUGCAAACGUUCCACCUGUUGAAGGUGACAUUGAUCGGAAUGGUUUGGCAUUAAUUAUUGAGGAUUGUAGUCUGGAUGUGAAUCCCUUGAUGAACUCAAAAAUGCCCUGCCUUGAAGAAACGUUAUGUUUACCCCCUCCGGGUUUUUCUCUUUUAUCUUUCAAUCCAGAUGAAUAUUCAGGGAUCAGCUCCAAUACCAACAGUGAGGGAUUCUCUAGUACCAGUUCUAAAACACCCAAAAGGAUGCUCACAUCUCCUACGCGAAAAAGCUGUUAUAUGUGGCUACCUGCAGGAGAUGACUUGGUUGCUGGAACUGAAUAUUGCCCAGAUACAGUUGCUGAAUACAAUCUUUUAUCUAAUUCUAAUAUAAGGCCUUCAACUGCUUUAACACUAAGAGUUAGGAAACAUCUUGCAUAUCUGGGCUGGAAAAUUAAGUUUAGGAGAGAGAAAGGAAUACAGAGACUAUGUUACACCUCACCAGAUGGGAAAUGUUACUAUUCACUUGGCAAUGUUACUAUUCAUUGGAGGUUGUCUCUCUAAAUUCUCAUGAUGACAAGGGAAUUUCUUUUGCUGCACCCAAUUGUCCUUCCUCAUCUCUGCUUGCCGAACAGCUGUUGUUGAAGGGAGAAUCUAUUGUGCAUUCUACUUCCGAUGUACCUAUUAUUGAAUCUGAUUCUUGCCCUCAAGCAGUAAUGGACUAUUAUUGUUCACUUGCAUUCAAGGAUAAGAAUCAUCACCACAGACUGCAGAAAGGUGCACGUAAAGAGUUGCAAUUCUAUGCAAAGAAGCACCUUGCAUCUGAUGGGUGGUCCGUCUGGUACGUUAGGAAUGGAACCAAAAUGGAAUUGCGGUACAAAUCACCAAGUGGGAGGAUUUACUAUUCUCUUCUAACGGCCUGCAAAGUCUGUAUAGAUGAAAGAGGUUUCUCAGAUUUUGGUGCUUCUACCUGUAGACCAAGGCAAAAUACAAAUGUCAAUGAGGAAACUGAGGCCCAGUUAGCUGGUGAAUCUUCUGCAUUAAUUGAUAUUGAGUUUCGUGGAGAUUUGGUACCACUAAAUGUGUCGUCUGAAAAGUGGUCAAGGGAUUCUUCUGGGAUAUCAUUUUCAAGGAAACUUAGUAAAUUAAAAGCCCGAGGACUUAGAAAACUUCGAAAAAAUAGAGAGAAUGGCAACCUGCAUUUUCCAUCUAACUUGCUUGAAAUGAUCGAUCAAAAUGUUGGCUCUCCAAAGCCGAAGAAAGGAAAGAAAUCUAAGUUUUUGAUCAAAUUAAGAGAUGAUGGUAAUGUUGAUUGUCCAAUUCGUGUGCUGCGAUCUAGAAAAAGAGCUGGGCAGCAGGUGGUUUCUUCCGACAACCCUCGAACUGUAUUGUCUUGGUUAAUAGAUAACAAUGUGGUGUUGCCUAGGGCAAAAGUACAUUACCAUAGCAGAAAUGAUCGUUCUCCCAUGGCAGAAGGGCGAAUAACUCGUCAUGGGAUCAAGUGCAAUUGUUGCCAAAAAGUUCUCUCUUAAGAAAUUUGAAGCUCAUGCUGGCAGCACUAAUCACCGACCAUCUGCCAAUAUUUUUUUUGAGGAUGGAAGGUCUUCGUUACAAUGUCGGAUGCAAUUGAAACGUGAAAAUUGUAAAAAAAGCUUUGUGAUAGAACCUAAUGUGAAAAAGGGUAAGCGGCAUCAGAGCACAAAUGACUACAUAUGUUCCGUUUGUCACGAUGGGGGUGAACUAAUUCUAUGUGAUCAGUGUCCAUCAUCAUUCCAUGCAGAUUGCCUUGGUUUGAAGGAUGUACCAGAUGGAGAUUGGUUCUGCCCAUCAUGCUGUUGUGGAAUUUGUGGCCAAAGCAGAUUCAACAGAGACACUGAACAGUUUCUGGAUGAUAGUGUUCUUAAUUGUGCUCAGUGCGAGCAUCAGUAUCAUGUUGGAUGCUUAAGAAAAAGAGGUCUCAUAAAGCUGGAGAGAUAUUCUAAAGGAAAUUGGUUUUGCAAUAGAAAAUGUGAACAGUCCAUUCGUCGUCGUCUAGAGGAACAUGGUCUUUUCUGAGCACUAUAGCAGGAUUAUUUAUCUGUAUGAUCCUUGGAAUUACAUCCUAUUUUAAUUCAAGCUGAGAUCUGUGGAUUAGUGUUCCUUGUGUUAAUUUUGACGAUUGUUCCUAUAGUACUUGUACAUGAGAUUGAGAGUUUAAGUUCUUUAUACAAACUGUGCGGCAUACUUGAUAUGUUGGUUGAGUUGUAUAUUUUUAUUUAUU